GCUACUCCCCAGUCCGCCGCCGCCACACCGAGCGACAACAGCUCCCAUUCCCCAACCCAAAAUCCAGCCCAAACCCUUGUCCCACGGAGCAAGGCGGCCGCCAUGGAGCAGCAGCAUCCGCCGCCGCUGAUCACCAUGGAGGCGAUGCUGGAACAGAUGGUGAGUCUCGGCAUGGGCGCGGAGAUGGUGAACCCCGCCAUGGACCUCAUGUACGACUUCCUGGGCACCUUUCUCCCCAGCCCGCCCGUCUCCGCCACCGCCUCCCUCUCUGCCGACUCCUCACCCCCCGGCGGCGGCUCCGAGGACCACCUCAGCGCCCUCCCGGACCAGAUCCUCCGCAACGUCGUCUCGCGCCUCCCCGCCAAGGACGCCGCGCGCACCGCCAUCCUCUCCUCUCGCUGGCGCCCGCUCUGGCGCUCCGCGCCGCUCGUUCUCGUCGACGCCCAGCUCCUCCAAUCGGCCGGCGCCGAGGACUCACCCCUGCGCGCGGACUUCGGCUCCGUCACCGCCGCCGUGUCCCGCGUCCUGGAGGUCCACCGGGGCCCCUUCCGCUUCGUCCACCUCACCCGCAGCUCCAUGGGCGCGCACCGCGCCGAGCUCGCGCUCUGGCUCGACCUCCUCGCCGUCAAGGGCGUCGAGGAGUUCGUCUUCGUUAACCGCCCCUGGCCGCUCGACGUUCCCCUCCCCGCUACGAUCUUCAGCCUUGCCUCCGUCAAGCGCCUCUACCUCGGGGCUUGGAGGUUCCCUAACACCUCCGCUCUCCCGCGCGGCUCGGCGUUCCCGCACCUGCUUGAUCUCGGCCUCGGCUGCGUUGCCAUGGAGGAUAGGGACUAUGACUUCAUCCUCGCCAAGAGCCCCAUCCUGGAGACCCUUGUGGUUUACGCGAGCCAGAAGCAUGUGAACCUCCGCAUCAUCAGCCGCAGCCUGCGGUGUGUGCAGCUGUGCAUGUGCAUUGUCCAUGGCGUCUCCCUGGUGGACGCCCCGAGUCUGGAGCGACUCUUCCUGUGGGACGCGAGAGUGCCGACUCCUCGCGCGAUCGAUAAGAAAAUCUGCACCAGGGUCAAGUUUGGCCAUGCGCCCAACCUGUGUUUUGUGGGAUACUUGGUGCCUGGAGUACAUGUUCUUGAGGUUGGCAACACCAUCAUCAAGGUUGAGACAAGAGCAAGCCCAAGUACCAUCGUCCCAAGCGUCAAGGUAUUGGCCUUGUUGGUGCAUUUUGAAGUUCGCAAUGAAGCCAAAAUGAUUCCCAGCUUCCUCAAAUGCUUUCCCAACAUACAGACACUGCAUAUCAAGUCUGCGAAAAGUGAUCAACCAGCUGGUAAGCUCAAUCAGAAGUUCUGGCAAGAGCACAGUGGCAUCGAAUGCGUGCAAUCACACAUCAGGGAGAUGGUUUUCCAUGAGUACCGUGGGGAGCAUAGCGAGCUUUCCUUCCUGAAGUUCAUCCUGGAGAAUGCGCAGGUGCUGCGGGAUAUGGUCAUUGUAUUUGUCAGAGGUAGUUUAUCUUCAGGGGACAAUGCAGCAGCCAAACUGAUGAAGGAUCUAUCAUCUGUGAAAAAGGCCAGUGAAAACUGUAGACUGGUGAUCAUGGAGAGCAGUAUCUCUAUGGGUGGUACUUCUUGGAGCUGCCAAGUAGCAUCAAAUUUUGAUGUCGCGGACCCUUUUUAUUACUGCUACUGAACCCAGCAUGGCCUGUAGCCCUGUAUGUCUCAUGAUCCAAGCUAGCUUUGCCUGCAAGUAGAUUGUGUUCUGUUCCAAGAAACUAUUUCAGACUGUUGGCAUGUAUUUUUCUGAAGAUACUGCAGGUUCCCAGCAGCACAUAUAGCAUGAGCUUAGUGCUUGAAGUUAGCAGGACCGAGACUAUUUUGAUGGUCAAUGUACUUGGUAAUUUGGUACUGUUACCCUUGUGAUCCUCUGGUGAUUCUGGUUUCUUCUCAAUGUUUCAAAAAAAAUAUAUUCUGGUUUAUUUUGA